UGCCAAACAGGAAGCCGGGAAAUAACCUUGGAAGAACAGCGGUGUACUGAUUGUGUCUGGGAACAGAUCACAGCAUUUGCCAGACAGAUUAUAAUUAAGCAGUAGCGUUAGAACUCAUGAGUAAAGUAGCUUUCUUUGGCUGUUAAGCGUCUUGUUUUAUGCACUUGUCUUUGCGCGUUUUAGUGCCAUGAAUUAGGAUACACCGGCUCAGGUGUAUCGGUGGUAAAAUUGAGGUCCCGGUGUUUGGAGUUAAAGUCAUUGAUUAAUCUGAUUUAUUGUGUCAGAGCACAAAGCCUUGUCUGCUUCAUCUAGAGCGCCCGCCCAUUGGGCUUUCUGCGGAGCGAUAGUGGGAGAUUGAUUAUAGUCUCCGGGAUUUGCCGUGGAGCCAGAGCCUGCUUGGACUGCGAUUUGCUCUCUCAUCAGUGAAAGAGGAAAAUCCUAGCAAGGAACUAUUUCACAUUCUAUUUCACACUCUCAGAUCCCCUGUACACAUUUAGCCGGCUGUCUAUGAUCCGGUUUUUAUAAUACGCGCAAGUCACGCCGGCACUUUCGUCUUUUUACCGUGGAGGAUGAGAGAGUGAAUCGCCUCCGCAGUCUCGGAUGCGUAGUAAAGGGGGAGUGGGUUGGGUCGCCUAGGCGCCUGGCAUACUCACACGACGUCAGCGAUAAAAAGCAAGAUAGGUGUUGUAGAUAUAGGUGAGGGGGGAAGCAGCACCUGAGGCUUUUUUAAUCAGGAGGACACCGAAGAGGUUAGCCGGACACUGACAACCCGCCGGACUCACGGCUGACUCACAGGAUUGGACUCUCAAGACAGGCACCGACCGCUUUUGUCGCCCGGGAUUCGUACUUGUUUCUCCUUCAUGACCAGCACUUAACCACACUGUCAAGCCCGACCAGACACCCCUCCUCCUCUGAAGGGAAUAUUACAAGUGAAUCUGCGGGGCAACACACAAUGGCAACCGAUGCGCUCCUUCUUGUCUGUGCGCUCCUUGCCGGUGUUGCCGUUGCUCAGAGAGUGGUAACUCUGCAAAGUGGACCACUGGUACGGACUGAGGGCUCUCACGUAACCAUCUUGUGCAACGUGACGGGCUACAAAGAGGGGGUGGAGCAGGACUUUGAGUGGUCCAUGUACCUGCCAUCAGCACCGGACAGGGAGAUUCGCAUCGUGAGCACGGCUCAGUCAAACUAUGCCUAUGCCGUGUACGCCCAGAGGGUCAAUAGUAAAGAGAUCUAUGUGGAGAGGAUGAGCGGUGACUCAGCUGUGCUUCACAUCACCAAAGUGCAGGCCAAGGACCAGGGUCUGUUUGAGUGUUACACACCUAAUACAGACGGGCGGUACCUGGGAUCCUACAGCGCACGCACCAACCUCACUGUCAUCGCUGAUUCGUUGACGGUAGUAGCUCCAGCCCAGACUCUGUCCAAGGUUGAAGGCGACACACUACAGCUUACCUGCGAGGUGUCUCGGACCACACAGCAGCACACUCACUUAUCAGUGGGUUGGUACCUGCGGUCCCCAGAGGACGCGGCGGCACCCCCUCAGGAGCUAGUCACCUUGUCAAGGGACUUUGUUCUCCGCUCUGGGGGACCGUACCGGCAGAGGAUGGCGGCAGGGGACCUCAGGCUGGAUAAAACCAGCGCUACGUCCUACAGGCUGACCAUUCACAAGCUGCAGCCGGUGGACCAGGGCCUGCUUUACUGCCAGGCUGCUGAGUGGAUUCAAGACACGGACGAAAGCUGGUUUGCCAUGACCCGCAAGCAGAGCGACAAGACUCAGCUCCGCAUUCAGCCCACUGAUCGUGACUUCAGCAUCCAGGUGAGCACGGAGCGACGGUCCUUCACGGCCGGUGAGCCGCUGGAGCUUCGCUGCACCAUUGAGGCCCAGAAUGUCCCAGAGCGCUUCUUCUCGGUGUCGUGGGUCUUCAGCAGCUCACCGGUGGCCGUGGUGGGCCCCAGUGCCGUGCCUGUCCUGGGCCCCGAUUACAUUGACCGUGAAGCGGCUGGCCACAUGACAGUGCGUAAAGAGAGCGCCAACGUGCACCUCCUCAAGCUGCAGCACCUACACCCUGAAGAUGCUGGGAAAUACAUCUGUCGUGUGACAGAGCGGGAGAAGACGCCCACGGGAGACUUCAUCGACCGCAGCAAGAGGUCCCGCAAUGUCCAGAUCACAGUCCAGCCGCUCAAGAGCAACAUCACAGUGUUAUUGUUUAGCAACUCGUCGGAGGUCCUGGAGGGCAAUGUGAUCCAGUUGAUUUGCUCUGUCCAUUCCACUACUGGGCCCCUGUCUGUUGUCUGGCAGUGGACAGACAAGCAGGUGACAGGACCGGCCCUGGAGGUGGCCUCCAUCGAUCGGGAUGGCACUGUAUGGCACAGCCCCUCUUACAGAGAGCGCUCCAGCUACGGGGAGGUACGCGUGGAGAAAGUGCGAGCUGAUACAUUCUCUUUGUCCCUGUAUAAUGUCUUACCUGGGGAUGAGGGCCAAUACCGCUGCACAGCCACUGAGUGGCUUCAGACCGGCACUGAGCCAGAGCUAAACUGGGAGAAGAUAGGAGAGAAGUCAACCAGCAAGACCGUCACCGUCAAGACUGUUGAGUCCUCCUUUAUGGUGUCGGCCUCAUCACGGACGCCAUCGGUUACCUUUGGCGACUCCUUUGACCUCCUGUGCCUGGUGAAGCCUCGUCACAACCCUCGUGUCCCAACCUCCGUGACCUGGCGCUUCAUGCCGGCUGGCCCAGAAGUUGGCGACGAGGAUCCGGGAGAUUUCAAAGACCUGGUCACCUUCACCCGCGAGGGCACGCUGCAAUGGGGGGAGCAGCUGCUGGGGCUGGGUACCCGCACCACAGUGGACCGCUCACACUCCAACACCAAUUUCCGGUUGUCGGUUACCAGGGCUGGGCGUCGCGAAGCUGGCAAGUACCAGUGCACAGCCGUCCUGUGGAGGAAGAACUACGACAACAGCUGGAGCAGAGUAGCCAACCGCACUUCCAACCUGCUUGGCAUCAGUGUCCUACAGCCAGAGAGCAAGCUGCGAGUGCAAAAGGCCAACCAGACUCAGGUGUACCUUGAGGACAGUCGCGUCAGGAUCAAUUGUUCCAUCAGCUCCCAGACCAGCCAGGACUCCCAGCACGCUGUGCUGUGGUACGUGAGGCGUGCGACUGGGUCAGAAGCCGAUGAGCUCCUUCUGAGAAUUGAACGCUCGGGGGCCUUUGAGUACGGCGCCUACGCAGACGAAGAGAGACUACGACGCCGAGUGCAGGCUGAGAGGCUGUCCCCCCGUCUCUAUGUGCUGACGCUGAACAGGGCAGAGAACAGCGAUUCUGGGACAUACUACUGCCUGGUGGAAGAGUGGCUGAGUGACCCAGAUGGAGCCUGGUAUCGUCUCUCCAGGGAGACCUCGGGGUUCACACAGGUUCUGGUCAGACAGCCAGAGAUUCGACUGCAGGUGGAAGAAUUGGAGUCAAACGUGACAGUGGAAGAGUCAGCCUCUAUCCGACUGGGCUGUAGCAUUCCCUCCCAGUCGUCCCGAGACUCCCGCUUCUCUGUGUCCUGGUAUGUGGACCGCUCUGAAGACGAGAGCGAUGAGCCAGGUGAGGAAGAGAGACAGUGUGUAUUCUCCAUUGGCCAUGACGCCGUUUUCGGAAAUGGAAACUGCAGCCCCAAAGAGGAGCCGGGGCCAAAUUCCCGACUGCAGUUUGAGAGGAUGACCUCUGACCAGUACAGCCUGACCAUUCAAGAAGCACGGCCGACAGACGCAGGCCGAUAUUACUGCCAUGUAGAGGAGUGGCUGCUAAACCCUCGCAAUGUGUGGUAUCGCCUGGCCACCAACAACUCCGGCUUCACUAUUGUCAAUGUGAUGCAACAAGUGUCCACCCUCCAGUCAGUGGUGUGCUCCAAUGAGUCCCUUUUCUACUUCGUCUUCUUUUACCCCUUCCCCAUCUUCGGCAUCCUCCUCAUCGCCCUUCUGCUAGUGCGCUACAAGAGCCGCAACCACAGCAAGAGUCAAGAAGGCAAGAAUGGCGCUCCACUCCUGUGGAUUAAAGAACCUCACCUCAGUUACUCUCCCACCUGUCUGGACCCACCUGCGCUCAGCCUGCACCCUGGCUCCGUUGACUAAGCAUGGGUCCUUCCCUCUGCCCCCCGCGCACAUCGCGGAUCCAGCCAACAAAAUGCCGAGGAGCAGAUCUGGAGUCCACCUUCAGACCUUACUGUUGUUCACUGCUGUGUUGAAUUAGUCUAUCAGUUGAUCAGUUUAAAAACUUCCCUGGUGGAUGCCUGAUAUACGUUAACGUGUGUGUGUGUGAGUGUGUGUGUGUGUGUGUCUCUGUGUGUGUGUGUGUGUGGACUAGAAUGGCUGUGCCAUGUAAGCACGAAUAAUUGUGCGAAUUGAAGGAGGAAACAUCAUGAGCCUCUCUCAUUUUUGUUUUCUGUGAAACUCAUAGCUGCAUUUUGUUUUGUUUUACUCUGAAUAGUUGUCUAUUUUUUAAAAGAGAAAAUAAACUGGGCACAUGAGAUCAUUGGCCAAUCCUGGAAUAACAUUUAAGAGAAGGAACUCUAUAUUCAAUUCCAGCACUGAGUGGAUGCCAAAACAGUCUCCGCACUGAUCCAAGAGCAGCCACAGCCUGGUCCACUAUGUUGGUUGCCAUAGUGAUUCUUUGCUCCCACUGACUCGGUAGCUGAUGACUUGGUUGCCAGCCUGGAUAGAGACAAAGGCAAGGACACACAAGUCUGUGUCUUAAGUGAGGAUAUGUGUUGGCCCACCUGCCUCCACAAUGAAGUUGCCUUGGCAGACAGGGACAGGUCCACUUAAACACUGCCAGACACUCUGGCCCUAGCGAGAGACUGCUCCGCUCUUCUCCUCUAUCCUCCUCUCCAAAAACAGUAAACAAGAGAAAGAGAGGGAGAACAUUGGAAAUUAUGGAAAGUAAAUGAACAGCUCUCCCCUGCUGAGGAUAUAAGUACAUUGACAUGUGGGAUUUUUUUGAGUGCCAAGACCUACUUAUCACCACGCUGUUCUCUGCAGCUAAUGUUUGAAGUUUCAAAGGGAGCGGGAAAGCUGAUUGGUUUUUGAAGCGGAUUGUAAAUAUGUCUGCUUACCUCCUGCUGUGGGUUUAUGGGACUUUAGGGCAAAAGGGCAAUUUUUACACUGUCGUAAAUCAGUUGAAUUGUCCUGUUUAAAUGACACAGUCAAGAUUAUUGAUUUAAAUUCAAGUCUUGCACAUUUCUUUAAGUUGCCCAGUAUGACCACAUUGUCCAGUCUGUUAAAGAUAUCUAAAAAAAGAUGUCUAAAAAGAUUUUUUUUUUUUAAAGCCACACUGAAGAUUACUAAUGUGUAGAUGUGUAGGAAAACACUUUACAAAUUUUAUCUGCACAUUAUAAGAAAACAAAUUGAUGGGUGGGAGCAAAACGCUUGACUUUUAUGUUUAUUUAAAAUAUUUUUCUAUUUAUUGUUUUUUACUACUUUGCAUAGCUUUGUAAGAUUUUUUUUUUUUUGCUUUGAAAUUCUCUAAGAACUGUGGUCUUGUGUUGCCAGGCAACUGCACCAAGCAGAUUAUGUCAAUAGCCUGUGUGUUGGCAAUGUGGUAGAUGUAGAAAUGCUAGAUUUGUCCUGCGUGUUGCAGUCUGUAGCAUUUCAUACCAGAUUGUCAAGUUUGGUCAGUGUCGAAACACUGUAUAUCUAUACUUAUAAUGAAAAUUAAUGUGGCUUUACAUGUACAGUAGUUGAACAGACGAGUCACAAAAAUUAAUUCACCUAAUGCUUUUUGCUUGAGUUGAGUUUAUUUAGUGAAAUGUGAUGUAACACCUAGGUAGGAUGUUUGAUCAAAGACGGCUGAAACCGAACUGUUAAAACGUCUUCUAAUCAUGGAUUCUAGCUGAAGGCAUCCUCCACAGCUCUCCUGAUGCAAGGCAGAAGGGUUGAAAAUCUGUGUCACCUUCCCUGGGAUGCAACAACCAGGAGAUGUAUGAAAUCCUUUACCCAACCUGGGCCUAACCCUUUCACUGCCAGACUGGACAUGAAAACUCUUGAAAAACUUGACAUUGUUGUCUCAAUCGAUCGUGUCAACAUGUAUAUUGCAUGACAAUAUUGCAGGAGGAAUCUUGAUGUUUUUUAAACUUUGAACUCUUUGAGCAUUGUGUUUGUGUGACAGAGCAGUUUUUUUGGAGCCAGAAGUGACGUGUUUGGACGAGAGGGAGCUAAGUUAUCAGCUAACGCUGGAUCAUCCAUCAUUUGCAUUAACCUAUUACUUGUGAUGGUAAUUUUGGCUAGUGA